GUAAUCUGGAUUAUUCAAAUGUGAGUAAGCCAUUUAUCAGUUAUUGGCAGGAUGAGAAGGAUUUGACUGAUGUUGUGAAGCAGUUUGAGAUCAACAUGGAUUUUAUUCUGCCGGUGAAGCGUGAAAAACAGAAGGUUGAGUUUAAAACUCCCAGUGUUAGUGUUGCUAGUAGGAAGUCUGGUUCUCCUAUAAUUAAGGUGGUUGAGGGUCCAUCACCUUCAACUAGGCAGCUUAUCAUGGAUCUUCCUCAUAGUUUGAUGACUGAUGAGGAAAUAGAUGCUCUUGGUGUUCCUGAAUAUGUGAAGAACAUGCACAAGUUGAAGAGGAAUGCGCUUGCAUUCUGUCAAGUUAAUUUGGAGAUUGCCCAGAAUAUUCGUGAGGAAGGCGAGAAGCUGUCUCAAGACAGUAUUUCUCUGGAUGAUAGUGAAGUAUUUAACCCAGAUUUUCUGAGUCAAAUUGACGACAUAUGCAAGCGUCAUUUGGAAGCGAAAGACAGUGCAAACAAAGUUGAUCCUACAAUUUCACUAUUGGUGAAGCGGCCUGUUGAAUUGGAGAUUGGAAGAAUUGAAAAUGUUCCUGAUUUGGAUUCUGGUGUUCAUGGAGUUGAUUUGAAAGAAGGAAGUAAGUUCCUUUCAUUAUAUUAUUUUCAUGUUGUAGUUUUGUAAUCUGGUUGGAAUAAAAAUUUUAGACUCUAAGUGAAAGAAAUGUUUAACUGAAGAA